AUGGGAAACGCUGAACACGAUCAUAAGCAUCAUGGCCAUGCUGAACAUGGUCACAAACAUCACGGUCAUGCUGAACAUGGUCACAAACAUCAGGGCCACGGUGAACAUCAACAUAAGCAUCAUGGUCAUGCGGAACAUUCUCAUAAACAUUCAGGCCACGCAAAACACAAACACAAACAUCAUGGUCACACAGAGCAUAAACACGAGCAUAAACAUGGCGGACAUGCCAAACAUGAUCAUAAACAUCAUGGUCAUGCUGACCAUCACCAUAAACAUCAUGGGGAACACCAACACGGUCAUAAACAUCAUGGACAUGCAGAACACGGGCACACGCAUCAUGGAGAUUAUACGCAUGGACACAAACAUCAUGGCCAAGCCGAACACGACCAUAAACAUCAUGGUCAAGGUCAGCAUGAUCACAAACAUCAUGGGCAUACGAAACACGACCACAAACAUCACGGCCAUGCAGAACAUGGUCAUAAACAUCACGGUGAAUAUGAACAUGGUCAUAAGCAUCAUGGACAAGCAGAUCAUGAACACGAACAUCACGGAAAACAAGAACAUGAUCAUAAACACCAUGGGCAUGCUGAACAUGAUCAUAAACAUCAUGGAGGGUAUAAACAUGGCCAUAAGCACCACGGUCAUGCCGAACAUCAUCACAAGCAUGACGGACAUGCUGAACAUGGUCACAAACAUCAUGGGAUUGCUGAACAUAGUCAUAAACAUCAAGGUGAGUACGAACAUGGACAUAAGCACCAGGGACAUUCAGAACAUGAUCAUAAACAUCAUGGGGAUUACAAACACGAUCAUAAACAUCUUGGUCAUGCAGAACACGAUCACAAACACCAUGGUGAAUACAAGCAUAACCACAAACACGAGGGACAAGCAGAGCAUGGUCACAAACAUCAUGGGAUUGCCGAACAUAGUCAUAAACACCAUGGUGAAUACAAACAUGGCCAUAAGCACCACGGACAUGCAGGACAUAGCCACAAACAUCAGGGAGAGUACGAACAUGGACAUAAACACCAUGGACAUGCUGAUCAUCUUCACAAACAUCAUGGAGAGGCUAAACACAGUCAUAAACAUCACGGACACGCUGGUCAUGACCAUACACAUCAUGGCCAGGCGGAACAUGAUCAUGGACACCAUGGUAAAUACGAACAUGGUCAUAAACACCAAGGGCACGCCGACCACGAUCAUAAACAUCAUGGUGAAUAUGAACACGGUCAUAAACACCAUGGUCAUGCCGAACACGAUCAUAAGCAUCACGGUGAGUAUAAACAUGGACACAAACACCAUGGACAAGCAGAGCAUGGUCACAAACAUCAUGGACAUGCCGAACAUGAACACAAACAUCAUGGUGAUUAUGAACACGACCAUAAACAUCAUGGAAAUGCAGAGCAUAAUCACAAACAUCAUGGUGAAUAUGAACAUGGUCACAAACACCAAGGACACGCCGAGCAUGAUCAUAAACAUCAUGGUGAAUAUGAACACGGUCAUAAACACCAUGGUCAUGCCGAACACGAUCAUAAGCAUCACGGUGAGUAUAAACAUGGACACAAACACCAUGGACAAGCAGAGCAUGAUCAUAAGCAUCACGGUGAGUAUAAACAUGGACACAAACACCAUGGACAAGCAGAGCAUGGUCAUAAACAUCACGGUGAAUAUGGACAUGAUCACAAACACCAUGGUCAUGCAAAACAUAAUCACAAACACGAUGGGCAUACUGAACAUCAUCAUAAGCAUCAUGGAGAAGCUGAACAUAGUCAUAAACAUCAUGGUCAAGCAGACCAUACUCACAAACAUCAUGGUCACGCGGAACAUGGACACAAACACCAUGGGCAUUCUGACCAUUAUCACAAGCAUCAUGGAGAAGCCAAACACAGUCAUAAACAUACUGGCCACGCCGAACAUGCUCACAAACAUCAUGGUCACGCGGAACAUGGACACAAACACCAUGGGCAUACUGACCAUCAUCAUAAGCAUCAUGGAGAAGCUGAACAUAGCCAUAAACAUGCUGGCCACGCCGAACAUGCUCACAAACAUCAUGGUCACGCGGAACAUGGACACGAACAUGCUGGCCACGCCGAACAUGCUCACAAACAUCAUGGUCACGCGGAACAUGGACACGAACAUCAUGGUCACGCGGAACAUGGACACGAACACCAUGGGCAUACUGACCAUCAUCAUAAGCAUCAUGGAGAAGCUGAACAUAGCCAUAAACAUCAUGGUCAAGCAAAACAUGAUCACAAACAUCACGGGCACGCGGAACAUGGACACAAACAUCAAGGCCACGCAGAACAUGACCAUAAACAUCACGGUCAUGCAGAACAUGGUCAUAAACAUCACGGUCAUGCAGAACAUCGUCAUAAACAUCAUGGACAAACAGAACAUGAUCAUAAACAUGAUGGACAAUCAGAUCAUAAUCAUAAACAUGAAGGUCAUGCAGAACAUGGUCAUAAACACCAUGGGAGUUCUGAUCAUCAUCAUAAGCAUCAUGGAGAAGCUAAACACAGCCAUAAACAUCAUGGUCAAACAGAACACGGUCAUAAACAUGAAGGUCAUGCUGAACAUGGACACAAACACCAUGGACAUGCUGACCAUGAGCACAAACACCAUGGACAUACAAAACACACUCACAAGCAUAAUGGCCAGGCCGAGCAUAGUCAUAAACAUGAUGGUAAAGCAGAGCAUGCUCAUAAACAUCACGGGCAUGCAGAGCAUGCACAUAAACACAAUGCUCAUACUGAGCACAAACAUAAACAUUCAACUGAUGAUGAUCACAAUGAUGAUAUUGAACAUAGUGGAUCAGAUAAACAAGAAAUUGCCGAUAAAAUAUCCUUUGCUGAUGACUACAUUGCUGAAGCUAUUGCAGAGAAGGGAAUCAAUACUGGUCAUCCAUAA